AUGACGAAGAUUCUCUCUUCCACUUUCCGAUUUGUUCUGCCCGAUGCGCCUUUCCUCGUCGACCGCCCCGGUCCUGGUGCCUCUUCGGUAUCUGUUGGCCCAUUCCGGCGUUGGCACUCGGAUAGAACCAUUGCUACUGCCUUCGGAGUGCCAGAGGCGAAGAUCAUGGAAGAGACUCUGGUAGUACGAGACAUAUUGAGACUGACACUGGAAAGGGAGAAGGAUGUGGUGGGUGUUCUGGCGUUCAGCCAAGGCGCAUGCUUGGGGACGGCUCUCUGUUUGGACCAGGAACUGAACAACGGGCUGAAGUUUGCUGUGUUCAUCUGCCCUCUGUUCCCAGCGGUCAGUUUGGGGCCCCAGAAGGAUGUGGAGGGAGCAGUCCAGGUGCCGUGUGUGCAUGUAAGAGGCCUUUCAGAUCCUUGGAAGGGUCAAGGCGUCAAGCUGUACGAAAAAUACUUCGUGGGAUCGAGGGCGAGCACACUUGUUGAGUUUGCAGGGGCACAUGAAGUUCCAAGUCAGCCGUCGGACAUAGAGAAGGUGGUGGAUGAAAUAUUGCGAAUAUGGGAGGCGAUUGGGUGA